AUGUGGUCAUUGCUCAUAUUAGUUGUUACUUUGUGUUUCACACAUUCUUCAUUUGGCAGUUCAACAUCACACUGUAAAUCAAGUGAUGAUCCAAACACUGAUUGUAUUGGAGCAUAUUUCGUUCAAACUGAUGGAAAAAUACAGCAAUGUAUCGAGCAUAAAGAUUGCUAUGACUAUCGGGAACCAAUACUUUGGUGUCGACCUAAUCCUGAACAAAAAUGGAUGAAAGAUGGUUGUCAUUGUGAUUUAAAACUUCAUUCAUGCAUAAUUAAUCGUCAAUCAUACGGUCGUUUGGAAUACACUCAUUGUCGUUCAGCGUUCAAUUGGUACUGUCCUUAA